AUGUCAAAGGGAAGUGCACAUCUUAUAAUUCCAGUGUCGGACCAUUACAUUGGCCGUGUCACAUGGCACGGGGGUAGUUACUACUACCCGGAGAUUAAGGCUAAAUUUGAAGAAUUUAACCUAUUGGACAGGGUGAGGGAAUCCCCUUUCAAACAGUUUUUCGAGAGAGCGCCCAUACAAUUUUCUGGAGCAUUUUUUCAUCAGUUGAUGCUUCACAAAAUAAAAUCUGACAAGCCGGACGAGGUGCAUUUCUAUGUGGGAAGGAAGAGAUGUAGAUUUGGGAGGGUGGAGUUCGGCUUGGUCACCGGGUUAAACUUAUUGCCCGGCCCUACUGAGGAAGACAUCAAACAAAAUGGAAGCUCUGACCGGUUGAUUCAGGAAUAUUUCAACGGUAGUGCUUCGAUCACCUUCGGCCAACUGCGCACAGUUUUUGAGAGCUGCACAGAAGCUGAUGAUGUUUACAAGUUGGGGAUGGCCUUGUUUGUUAUGGGCGUCCUCACUGGUAAGGAGGAGAAGACUGCCGUUCCUCCUUUUGUGAUAAGAAUGGUUGAUAACCUUCCAUUCUUCUACGAGUAUCCCUGGGGAAAGAUUUCUUACACCAAGCUGAUGGAAAGUUGUAACAAGGAUUACUUGGAUGUGAAGAAUAAGAUGUUGAAAAAGAUUGAGAAGGGAGUAACUCAGAAGGAGGCAAAAUACUCAGCCUACGGCUAUGCUGCAGCGUUGCAGUAUUGGGCAUACGAGGCCAUAUUACAGCUGGGCAACGAGUAUGCAGUGAGGAGGUCGCAUGGCUUUCCGAGAAUGGUCAACUGGGAGAGUAAGCCGAAAACUACACUCGGGAAGGAUGAAGUGACCAGAUUAUUUGCUAAAAAUUUGACAGUGUACUCCGUGUUAUGUCCUCGGCCGAACGAGAUUGAGUUUGUGAGUUACAUAACCGGGGGUCAGCCUCCGUUAUUUGUUGACUUGGAGGAACUUGUGUUGGGUGAGGAUGGGCAACCAACACAGGAUGCUUUGCGAAGCCAGGCCGAAAAGCUUGCCUCCACAUUGGAAGAACGAGCGGAGGCAGCCCGAAUAUUUAAAGACUCUACACCACCUCCACCGUCUCCUCCACGUGCAUCGCCCGCAGUUCCAGAUGGGUCUGGUGUUGACCCAUCUCCAGCUUCAGUUCCUGAUGGGUUUGGUGUUGCCCAUCUGCAGCUUCAGUUCCUGAUGGGUCUGGUGUUGACCCACUUGCAGCGUCACAGGGUCCUCCUGUUCCCCCGUCAGCUUCCAUUCCCAGCACCUCGGAGGCUCGCGAUCCAGUAUACCCUGCCAUUUUGGCAAGGUUGGAGACUGUGGAGAGGGGGCAGGCCGCUCUGCUAAGAGGACAAACAGCGAUUAUGGAUCAGUUGAAGACCAUAAUGACGCUCCUGCAAGAUCCUGGAAGGCCGGCAGCAGAUUCACAGCCACAGCCACAGCCACAGCCACAACC